CAUCUAUCAACUGUUUGUUCGUCGGGAAAAGUGUGAUCAUCGUCUGGUGGCGCUUGUUGGUUGGUGGCGGCGGGUGGCGCGGAGGGGUCAGCGCGGCUUUUGGAACGGACAAGGGGUGGCAUGGCUUGGUUCUCGCGAGCGCCGGCUGCGGCGCCGCCGCCUUCGAUGGAUCUUUCUUCAUUGCGCAGCCGCCAAAUCGAUGGACUACUCAUGGCCAAUCUGCCGGGUAGCGUCUCGACUAAAAUCACAAACGCCGAGUACGAGGUGCCCUUCACCGCCAACGGCCGACCUGUCCUGCUACACAUUAAGCUGCCGCUGAAUUUUCCACAGAUGCAGCCCGUUCUGACCAUCACGCCCAAUUGCCACCACCCCGUUCUCAACGCCUCGGGCCAAGUGUGUGGCAUUGAAGCACUGCAGUCGUGGAAAGCUCAUUCAAGCUUGGCCAAGGUGGUCGAGCAAACAGUGGAUCAUUUGAUUCGCAACCCGCCCUCUUUUCCUGGCGAUGUUGGAAGUGCCCGUGGUGCUGGCCAAUAUGGAAUGCCAUCCACACAGCCGGCAUAUGGCGCACCCAAUCCUUAUGCGACCGCAGGCAACGGUGGACCCCCCGCCGUUCCAUACCAUCAGGCCGUGCAACCGACGUCAGACUUGGGUAUGAGUACGACAUCAUCUAGUCAAGGGGUACCAAGCUCUGUUUCAACACCGGCGCCCACCGAGGUGACUCUGAGUAACGCGGAUCUUCCCGAGCUUGACCGCGCCACCAUUGCGGGCUUUAUGCAGGAUAUGAGCACGGAUGAGCUGACAGAGAUGGCCGAGUCCAUGCCCAAGGUGCGAUCCUUUGUCGCAAACCUGACACACCUCCAAGUGAUCCGGGAGCGCGUUGAGUUCUUGCGCCAGGAGCGGACUCGAUUGGCAGAGGCCAACAUGAAGCACGAGCCUGAGCUGAACCGGUUGAAGAGUGAGGUCAAGGCGUUGACGCAGCAGUUGGCUGAGCUGGAUCAAUCUUUGGCCACCAAACUCGCUCGCUACACUGAGUUGUCUUCGCAAUAUGAUCGGCAAGGUUUGGUCGCGGCGCUCAAGGUGAAGCAGAGUGAAGCCGAGGAAGCCAGCGAGGACUUGGUGAGCCAGUUUCGCAACGAGGACUUGCCCGUAGAGGACUUUGUUAAACAAUUCAAGGCUGCACGCGUGCUCUAUCACGAGCGACGGCUGAAAGAGGAGCGGUUCCUCGCCUCCAACUAGAGUGCGUGCAAAUGAUCUUCUUCUCCUGCCAAUUCCUUUGACCGGUGCCAGUGCAAUUGAUGAGGGAUGGCGGUG